AUGGUAAUUACUUAUCAAAGACCUCACUUUCAAAAAUGUAUUGCGGUGAAUAUAAACCGAAUCGUGGUACCGGCCCUUGUGGAGCUAGGCACAGAGUCAGUUAUCCUAGACUGCGACUACAACACAGGCGAGACCCCAGGUCCAGGUCUAGUCAUAAAAUGGUUCUUCAACGGAUCCACCGGCCUCGUCUACCAAUGGAUACCACCGCUUCAACCUCAAGUUAUUGGACUUUUAAAAGGAAAAGUCGAUAUGAGCUUUAAAAUUUCGGAUAAACCGUUACAGGCGUACAGAGCUAUUAAAAUAAUAAACCCGGGGACACACCUCAGCGGUAACUACACAUGCGUAGUGUCAACAUUCAUAGCAGAAGACAGUCAGACGCGAUCCAUGUUAGUGUACAGUCCGGGAAAGAGUUUUCAAUUCGACCAGGAGAAAAAAUACGUAUUCUUAGUAACAUUGAAAUGUAUGGCGGAGUAUUUAUACCCUCGGCCUGUGAUGACUAUUUUAUCAAAGGGUAAACCACUAGAAAGAGCGAUCACGGACAUGAGGAUGGACUCCUGGGGCAUGUACACCGUGGAGACCACAGCUCUGGUCCAUGACGAUGACGUCACCAGUCCUUGGGAGGAGUUCGUCUGCGUAUUGAGCUUGCCUUUAGCUAAUUACACUAGUAAUAGAACUACUGUUUACUAUCCAGGUCUUAUGCCGACGCAUAGCGCAAGCAUAGAGGUGAAGAAACCUAUGGAACACCAAGCUAGCAGUAAAUUGUAA